GUAAUCAAACACAGAGAGGGUUGAUGGUGCUGGACUUGUUCUUCUGUUGCUCUCAGGGUAAACACUGUAUCCUGGAUGUGUCGGGGAACGCCAUCAAGAGACUCCAGCUGGCGCAGCUUCAUCCCAUCGCCAUCUUCAUCAAACCCAAAUCUGUGGAGAACAUCAUGGAGAUGAACAAGCGUCUGACAGAGGAGCAGGGCAGGAAAACCUUCGACAGAGCCACCAAGCUGGAGCAGGAGUUCACCGAGCAUUUCACAGCCAUCGUUCAGGGCGACACUCUGGAGGAGAUCUACGAUCAGGUGAAGCAGAUCAUCGAGGAGCAGUCGGGUCCGUUCAUCUGGGUUCAGUCCAAGGAGAAGUUAUGAGGUUCAAAACUCUGUCUGCGCCAUCGCUCCUCCUCUCUUUAGAUUCACUUUGUUUUACUUUGAAAAGAAAAGUCGACCUGCAGACAGCAGCCUCCUUCCUCCUCCCUCCCGCCUCCUCCCUCCUGCCUCCGGAUCAAUGAUACGACACACCGGCUGACCAGAGUGUUGUUUCAUUUUGUAUUUGUUUUGCCUGAAUAAGACUCCAUUGUUGGGUUUCCUGACCAGCAGAGUAAAGCACACAGGAAGUUUGAUGACAUCACUCAACACGGUACAGCUCCUUAAUGUUUAAGGGAGGAGAAGAAGAAGACGUGUCCAUGAAAGUGGCGAGAAGAAAUGUACGAAGAUGAUUUUAUCUUUUUUUUUUUUUUUUUUUUUUUCUGUGGGUACCCCCACCCACCCUUUUUUUUUUUUUUUUUUUGUCUUGUAAGGUAAGCGGACGGAGUUUCAGUCUCAGGCAGCGUCCGGCGGAGACACAAAAAGCAAAACUUUGCACGUUUGAGCUUUAACAGCAUGUCAGUUAAUAACCCCGGUUAUUUCCCAUCAGCCCCUUCAGCGUCUGACAUCACAGCUUCUUCUGUUCUGCAUUUCAUCGUUUUUUUGUUUUGUUUUUGUUUUUGUUUUUGUUUUUGUUUUGUUUUUGUUUUUGUUUUUGUUUUGUUUUUUACACUUGAGUCGACUUGCUUUUAGUUUUAUAUUUUAUUUUUGCUCCUCGCUGCUGCAGGAUGUUUGUCAGGACGCUCUGCAGGGUUCCUGCUCUGCUGCUGGGGGGCGCUGUGGAGUCGGAUUCAUUCACUUAAAUUCAUUCACUUAAAUUCAUCCAGGCGAGGAGAAAUCGACUCUUUUCACUUCGUGGAUUCUGAUUUUAUUGCUGAACAUUUUUGCAUUUCAGACAUUUAGUUUGACCUCCGUUUGAUGAGGUCAGAGGUCACAGCGUUCAUUAUUCUGCCUGCACCGUAAAAACAUCUCGACUCGAGUCACUUCUGUCUGUUCAAAAGUCCAAAGCCUCGUUUUCUUUAAAACAAGUGAUUAAAUCAAGAAUAUUUCAACCUGUUUUCACUUAAAACAAAAUUUUUCAGGUCAUUAAAUUCAUCAACAUUAUUCGACAUUAUCACAGGAAGUUAUGAUAAUGUUAAAAAAAUGUAUAAAUUAUAAGAAACUCAUAAUUACAGGAAAACUAUCAAAGGAAUGUUCUCCAGAAACUAUCUCAUGAUUUACUUGUAAUAAUAAACAACAGAAGGCCUUUCGUUUAGUUCCUGUAAUGAUGUCAUAAUUAUGAGCAAAACUUCAAAGCAAUUCAUAUAAAUACAUGAAUAAAGCAACAUGUUUUAAAAAUCAACAUUAUUAUGGAAAAACUAAUUUAGAGUUUUUAAUUCCACAAGAAUGUUUGUCAUGACAAAAAAAUCUAAAAAAUAAUUUGUCACAAAAAAUGUCACUUAAUAUGCAAAAAUACAGAAUUACAAGAAAUUAGUCUCAUAAUUUUGUUGUAAUGAGAGAAAACAUUCUUUUAAUUAUGAAUCACAAUGAAACAGUCAUAAUGAGUAAAAGUAAUCAAUACGAAUAUGUAGAUGAACAGAAUUACAAGAAAACUCAACACAGGAUAAUAAUUUUAUACUCCAGAGAAAACUGUCUCAUAAUCAAGAAAUCUUUACUCUCAUAAUUUCAAGAAAAAAUAAAAUAAUAAUAAUAAUAAUAAAAUUAUUCAAUCCAUUAUUAAAGAGCGAUAACGCCGUAUGUGAAAGUUCAUGACUACAGAAAAACUCUCAAUAAAACUGAAAAUUACAAGAAAAUUGUCUCUGAAUUUUCUUGUUUUAAUAGAAAAUAUUCUUGUAAUUAUUUAAAUUAAUAUAUCUUGAUUCAAUUUAUAUAAAUAUAUAAUUACUAGAAAAAUAUUGUCACAGAGUUCUUUAUGUCAUAAAAUAUAUAUAAUAAUAUAGUUAAAAGAAGCUCAACACAGGAAAUGUAUUUAUUAUAAUGACAAGAACACUUUUUUUUAAAGAUCUCCCAAUUAUAAUAAAAAAAAAUCAGAGGUAAGACCUUUUGUUUGACGUCCUAAAAAAAUAACUUAUGAUGCAAAAUCUCAACAGAACUAACUAAUGACAUCAUGUUAGCAAAACUACCUUAUGACCAAGAGAAACUCGUUACAGUAAAAUUCUGUUAUAAUGUCAAGAAGACCAUCUUUGGGAUUUUUGGGGGGAAAUUAGGAUCUGUUCAUUUUGAGUUAUUUACUGAGUUAAACUGUAAAAAUGCAGAAUUACAUGAAAAACUUGCAGUUUUCUUGCAUAUAAUUAAGAAAUCUUUAUCUUGUCAUUUUGGAAUAUCGUUUCCAGUUUUUGUAUAUUUAUUUUGUGAAAUUAAUGAACUUCUUCGAAAGCAGCUUGAAAUAUUUUCAUGGUCAGAUCUGAAAUUAAACGAGCGUUUAAAGACAGAACGACUUGACAAGAUGUUUUUUACGAUGUGACGCUGAUUUUAAACUUUGAAUAAACUUGAUUUUACUGAACUGAUUUUUUAUUAUUAUGAUGAUUAUGAUUAUUAUCGGUGUGUUUGGGGUGGUGUUGUUCGGAGCGGUGCCCUCUUGUGGCACAAGCUCGAACCCCGUCAGACGUCUGUCAGCGUCGUCAGUGUCUUACCAUGGAAACGAUGUCGAUCAUGUGAUCAUGUGGUGAUUUGUGCGCCUGGAGACGAGCUGCCACCUCCAGGUGUCAGCAGGUGUGUCCCGAACACGCAGGUUAUUAUUGUACAAUGAGAUUUUGACAGAUAUUUAACCCUCGGUAAACUGCCUAUUUUGUUAUAAUAAAAGUCUAUAUUGAACUUUACUUAAGCACUACUACUACGGGAAUUAUUUUCUUUGCAUUGUUAAUCAUAUAUGAAUAGAAAAGUAUAAAGAUAUUUGAAUAUAUAUUUUUUCUUUUUCUUUGAUCACCACCUCCUCUGUCUUUUAAUUUUCUUUUUUAAGCAUAAUAAAAACUUAACAAGAAAA